AUGCAGCAGCCGUACAUGGCCGACAAUGCAAAGGGAGAGUCGAUGAUGCGAUGGAACGGCGGGGGGGACGGCUCCGACCUCGUCGACGGCUCGGCACACGGCGCCAACCAGUACGGCCUCGUCCCGGCUCAGCAGCAGUACACGCAGAGCGCCCCCGCGCCGUCAAACUCCCUCACGCGUCGCCCUACCAAUCAGGCGCUGGUGCCGACGAACCCGCGCUCCAGCUACGACUCCUCGGUCGAACCCUGGACCGGCUUUGGCGACGGCAGCAAUGCGCUCUUGCAGCAAACCCCGGGCGAGGGGCUGAUUGCGCAGGAUAACGUUGAGGUCUUGGAGGAAAUGGCGGCAAAGGCCAAGCGGGAGUCGCAAAGCAAGCGGAAGCAGAUCCCCCCUUUUGUGCAGAAGCUCAGCAGCUUUCUUGAGGAGCGCAAAAAUGAAGACCUGAUACGGUGGUCCGAAAAGGGAGACUCAUUCAUCGUGCUGGACGAGGAUGAGUUUGCCAAGACGCUGAUCCCCGAGCUGUUCAAGCACAACAACUACGCCUCCUUUGUCCGGCAGCUCAACAUGUACGGCUUCCACAAGCGCGUCGGCCUUUCGGACAAUUCAAUGCGCGCGAGCGAGCGCAAGAACAAGAGCCCCAGCGAAUACUACAAUCCCUUUUUCCGCCGCGGCCACCCCAACUUGCUCUGGCUCAUCAACAAGCCCAAGGGCGGGAGCAAGGCCAAGAAGGGGAACAAGCACAUCGAGGGCGAGGGCGAAAGCGACGAGGACAUUGGACACGAUGACGCGGCCACCCAGCCACCGGGCACGUCGACGGUUCCGACCGGCCGUCCGCUGCCUACUAGCGAUUCGCAGCCGCUGCAAAAGAAGGAGAUGACGCUCAUACGAGAAGAGCUGGGCAAGCUGCAGCGCAACAACAAUGACUUAUACAACCAGGCACUCAUGUUCCAGAAUCAACACGAUCGGCACCAAAACUCGAUCAAUGCCAUCCUCAACUUCCUGGCCAACGUCUUUCGCAAGACACUCGAGGACGGCAGCCAUCAAAACGUCGGUGACAUCAUCUCCAGCCUCAUGACCACCAACCAGGGAACCCAGCAGUCCCAUCAGCAGGGCAGCAUUUUCGACCUGGGCGAUCUGGUCCAGUCGCAGGUCGAUCCGACAUCGUCGCUCGCCGGGACUCAUAAGAGAGCCCGCGGCUUGCUCCCACCCAUCCCCAAUCAGAACGAGGCACCAAAGGCGGGCAGAUCGCCUUCGGGCGCGAGCCCGUCGUAUCAUACAAUGGGCAACCAGAACCCCGAGACAGGCCACGUCACGGAACUGUUGGACGGGUCGGAUGCUUCGCCGAGCCUCGUUCAAGAGCUGGAAGCCAAUCCGCAAGAGCGGAUGAUGAAGAUUAUCAACGACCACAACGCAACCAACACGUCGAGCAUGGACCUGCCCGAGGCGGCCGAGCUUGUGGCCAACGCGCCGGACGCCCUGAACAGGGAUCAGCGGAGCAAGCUGGUCGACUUCAUGUCCAAGCAGACGUCGACCCCCUCGAGCACGGCGCCGUCCCCCGCUGCGCCGGGGCAAGCGUCGGCCGGCGCGCCGCCCAGGGGAUCCGCCGCGGGCAUCCCACCACCGUCCCUAUCACCCAUCAUGCGCUCGCCGACAAUGACGCCGCCUUCGCUGCACCAAAUCAACUCGAACCAGGUCGACCUCGGGCAGCUACAGCGGCUGCAGAGCGAGCAGGACGCCAAGAUCCACGAGCUCAGCGAGAUGCUCGGGCCCUUGAGCCCGUCGGGCCAGAUCCCCGGGCUGGCCGACGGCCACGAGGGCUUCCUCGACCCACCCAACGUCGACCUGGAUCAGUACUUUGACAGCAGCGCAUUCCUCGACGACACGAGCUACGUCGCCGACGGCAACGACUUCAACUUCAACCUCGACCCGGGCGGCGGCAUCGUUGACCCGCUCGGCGCCAGCCAUGGAAAUGUGAUGGCUGGGGCCGCCGGCGGCGGCGGCGACGUGCCCAGCCCGGCCGGUACCGAGGAGAUUCUGCGCGACGAUUUUGCCGGGACGGCCAACCCGGACCACGAUGCCAAGCGGCGUCGGAUAGGCUAG